AAAACAUAUGCUUUUUAAAAUUGCAGCGAGCGUGUGUUCUUUUACAAUUGAAAAUGAUGAGGUCCUAGAUCAACGUGCUAAAAUAAUAUAGUAGUUUAACAAUUAUUUCUUCAGAUUUAACAUGGCAAAAGUGGAACAUCGAAAAGAAGAUAUUUUUAAAAUUGAUAAACAACUUUUAUCCAAUAAAUAUGCUAAAAAAAUUAAUUUUGAUGAUAAUCAUAUUAAAAAACUUGAAAAUCUAGAAAAUUCUGAUAGCUUACUUGAAUUAUCAAUAGCCAAUAAUAAUAUCAAUAAAAUAUCUGGACUCACAAAAUUAACUUGUUUAACAGAAUUAAAUCUAUCUGGAAAUGCUAUUACAACAAUUGAAGGUCUCAAAACCCUAAUUAAUCUAGUCAGCCUCAACCUUUCUCACAAUCAUAUCAAAAAAUUGGGAAAUUUAUCAGCAAAUCAAAAUCUUUCGUCCUUGAACCUCGCUCACAAUGAAAUUUUUCAUAUAGCUAACAUUUCGUCCUUAAAUAAACUUAAAGAUAUAGAUCUGUCAUACAACAAAUUAAAAUCGCUUUCUAAUAUACCGUGUUAUCUGCCCAGAUCUAUUCUUGUUUUGAAACUCGCUCAUAACUGUCUCGAAGAUUUAACGCACGUAUACCACCUUUCUUACCUAUUAUCUUUGAGAGAAUUAUCUAUCCUUGGGAAUCCUUGCGUUUCAUUCUCGGAUACAAGAGUGCUAACCAAGCCGAGAAAUUUUGAUUACCGCCCGUAUGUCCUAAGCUGGUGUACCAAAUUGAAAAUACUUGAUAACCAAUCUACGUCCGAAACCGAAAGCUUAAAAGCCGAAUGGUUGUACAGUCAAGGUAAAGUCUCUAAUUUUAGGAUCGGCGAACACGCUAAUUUAGUCAUUUACUUAAUCAAACAUUGCCCGUUGAACCCGGAAGACGAUAUAUCAUCAUCGACAUCUCUCGACGAAAAUAAAUUAAAAACAGUUUUGAUUCAUCAAAAACUUUUCGUUUCUCAACUGGAUGAAGAAAAUAGGCGUAAGCCGAUAAAUGCUAACAAUAUUCCAGAUAGCCAACUCAAGAAUAAUCGACCGGAGCUAUCUAAGAUAAUGUCAAAAUCUUACCAUUCUUACACCAAUAAUUCCCCCGGCUCUCGUAAUAAUAACAAUAUUUUCAACGAGAGCUCACUCAAUAGCUAUAAAGGUAAAAACGAUAACAACAUUUACCGGGUCAAAGAAAAAUUUUCGGAACAAACUCGCAUACUAAUGAAUAAUAUCAACCGAAAUGCAAGUAACAAUCAACAUUGUAAAUCGCCCAUAACCUCUCCAACUAAAUUUGAAAUGAACGGUAUCAGAGGUUAUAGUAACAUUCCCGGAAGUGCUCAUAAAAUUACAAUACCAAUCCAAUCCACUAAAGCGAGAUAUAUAAUUCCCAUACAAACUGAUAAUGAAUCUAAUGAAAACACAGACACUUCUUUAACCGCCAGAAUUUCCAACAAUGCUAGCAUCAGCAGACUGAAAAAUGAACAAACAAAUCAUUCAAUUCAAACCUAUCAAAACAGCCCAGAUAGUCAUAAGACUGAGUACAAAUUAUCCAAUUCUUAUGGUUCGCAUCGGUCCAGCUCAAGUCCAUCUAAGCCUGGAGUUAAAAAAUUUGAAUUAAACAAGAAAUAUGAAAAAACCUCUAACGCCGCCACCAAGAUCCAAGCCUGGUGGAGGGGUCACAGGUUACGACACAAUCCCAGUAUUACUCAAAAAUUGCAAUGUAUGAGGAUGAGAAGAAUAGAGGAACAUAUUUUCAACAUACACGCUCAGAUUAAAUUACGUAACGAAGAAAAAAAAUUGGAAAAAGAAAUGAGAGAAACGCAAUUUAAUAUGCUGCAAAUAAUGUGGGAUGAAAUUAAAGAUUUGAAAAAAAGUAUCGAAAAUUUGGGUUCCCUUAUAUGUGAAGAUGUUGAUAAGAAUAGAAAAUUGAAUAUCAUCUUCAACCAAAAUUCAGCCAAAAAUGAAAUCAUAAGGCCAUCCACUUCUACCGCCGAAACUUUUAUAUUAGCAUCUCCUACCAAAAAUCAAGUGCAACCUCUAGAUUCUCAUACUAACGUAAACUUGCUUUUCAAAAUAGAUGAACCAUCUAAAUUAUCCGAAAACGCUCUAAAUGAUUCCCCAUUCCUCCCAACAGCGAGUAUCGGCAAAAAUUCAGAAUCUCAAACCAUUGUGAACACUCCUCUGAAAACCUCUGACCAACCCAAAAUUAGCAUGAAUCUUAACACCACUAAAGAUAAUAAUUACUCUGAAAAUCAAUUAAACGAAGUAGAUACUUCUCAUAUAAAUAAACCUGGGUUUGACGAAAUUGUGGUAAAUAACGCCUUUGAUGAUGUCGACUCAACUCAAGCUACUCUGGAACAAGAUACAAUGGAAGAUCCUUUACUCGCGGACUUGAAUGAAUUGGAGAACAAAGUUAUGAAUUAUGAAAAAUUAACUGAGGAUGAAAGAAGCUACUUGCUCAAUAACGUCUCAUCCACAAUUAUGAGCCUGCAAGAAAACUUGGCUAAAUGCCUGACGGCUGAAAAAACACCUAGUCCGUUACCUAAUUUAAAUACAAAUGCUUCUUCGACAGAAGGAACUGGAGAUAAACAAGUGAGGCACGAACGAAACAAGAAGCGCGGCGGUAAAACAUUAAGUUUAGAUAGGGCUUUAGAGUUGGUAGAAAAUAGCACCGAUGAUCAUCUUCAAUGGCCGAUAAAGUAUCCCAAAAUUUAUGAUUAUUUGACUAAAUACGACCCUAAAAUAUCAGUUAGCGCAACCGAUGGAAGUAAAAUAGAAAAAACCAAGGAGGGUGAACUAACCAAAAUUAUCGAUAAUAGUCAAGAAGUUGAUAACAAUAACGAUCUUCACAAGGAACGUGAUGAAGAGGAGGUUAGGGUUGUUAAUGAAAUAACCGACGACAUCGUUAAUAGUAUUUUAUUGAAGGCUAUCAAAAAGUAUAACGAUACUAAGGCUCACAGAAGUUUAAGCGCGCGGGCCGGCCGAUUUUUUGAUAUCGAUUUAACGAAACUGUGAUAAUACUAUUUUAAGUGACCUUUUAUGAAGAAGUAGAAAAAAAAUCAAGGAUAUAAAUAGCUUUUAUUUGUUUAUAUCAUUUUUAAAAUCGAGUUUAUUUUUUAUGGAUGUGUAAUUAUUCCGUAUCUCAAACAUUCCAAUAACAUUUUUUUGGCGGUCAAAUUUUAUUGCACUAAUUUCAAGCUUUUAAAUUCUCUCUCUCCUAAUGCAGAUAUUGAUUUAUAAUUAACCAAUCAAAUUAUGUCUUCUUUUUUUUAAAUUUAGAUCCGGUUGCUAU